AUGCAGAACGGUGGAGAUAUCUGCUCCUUGGCCUCUGAUAACUAUCCUGAAAAGCUGCUGCAGAGGAUAUGGCAGUUUCGAUCCAACCGUGAUCUUUGUGAUGUAACACUUGAAGCUGACGGGGUCUUCUUCCCAGCUCAUAAAGUCAUCCUAGCUUCUGCCAGCUCAUAUUGUAAACUACUGUUUGGGGACCCCAGAGCUGACAACACCAUCAGAAUCAAGGGCGUCAGUGCUAAAGGGCUCCACAAUGUUCUAGAUUUCAUCUAUUCCAGCAAGCUUUCUCUGUCAUUGUCCAAUAUUGAAGACACUUUAAAAGCAGCUGAGGUCUUGUUGGUUCGGGAAGCAGUGAAGUUGUGCUUCCAGUUUCUAGAGAAUGGUUUAAAUCAGAACACGUGUUUGGACAUCCUAAAUAUUGUCAGAAAACAUGGUCCUGAAGAGCUGAAGGUGAAGGCCAACGGGUAUAUUGGGCAUCACUACAAGCAUGUUCCAGGACAUUCUGGAGAUCUGAACCUAGUAGACAAGAAGACACUCUGUGAAGUACUAGAAAGGGAGGAUGUACCAGGUUGCAGUGAGCUUGAACUGUUCCAUUUGGUAGUUUCAUGGCUGCAGCAUGAGAGCUCCAGGCUAAAAGAGGCAGGAGAUAUCCUCAGGAGGAUCCGUUUUCCACUUAUCGCUCUAGAAGAUCUCCAGACAUAUGUGAAAGAAACUUCAAUAAUGAAAACAGACUCCAACUGUUUUAGAUACCUACAAGAAGCUUUAAGAUACCAUUCUCAACUGUAUGCUCAACCUAUUCUUCACUGUGAAGGUGCAACCAUAAGGUCCAGCACAGAAAGCCUCCUAGUUUUGGGUGGCAGGACAACCAAUAACCAAGUGUGCAGCAAUAUCUGGGCUCAAAAUCAAGAUGGCAGCUCCUGGUCUGAACUUGGACAGAUGUAUGCUCCUGUGUACAAUCACUGUGUGGCAGUCAUUAAUGACUUCCUUUUCAUCAUUGGAGGGCAAACCAUGUUUGACCCCUCAGGCAAACAUCCAUCAAAUGAGGUUUUCCGGUUUGAUCCUCGCACUGGAAGUUGGUUGCAAAUUGCAGCUAUGUUGGAAAGGAGAACGCGAUUUCAUACCGAGGUGAUUGGGGAGCGCAUUAUUGCUGUAGGUGGAGGAUCUUUACUGGGCCACUUGACCCAGAGUGCGGAAGAGUACAACCCUGCAGAAAACAAGUGGGAAUAUACCUCCCCCUUCCCAGUUCCAGUGGCAGAUCACGCUGGCACUACUCACAAGGGUAUCUUGUACAUUUCAGGGGGUUAUUCCACAAAUAAAACCCUGAACGACGUGUACAGUUAUUUGCCGAGGCUCAAGCGCUGGGUUGUGAACCGCGCUAUGAUGUACACUCGAUGUGACCACGGUAUGGCAACUAUUGGAGACAAGAUCUUCUGUGUUGGUGGACGCACACUGAAUGCGGUAAGACCCCCACAUGCCCAAAACUAA